AUUGGAGGGCUGCUUUACACGUGGUGCAAUUUCAGGAAUGCAAAUAAUUGUGGCACUUCUCCCCUCCCCUACUCUGGCUGGGCAGCGAGGAAUGGUGCAGAGAGCGGGGAGAAGGUUUUUUUUUACAGAGACCAAGGGAUUUGUCUGAACAAAGUUCAGGAGCAGAAUUGGAUAUUGGAUUCCAGCAGACAGUGUGGAUGUGUUUGGGAUCCAGAUGUGGGUGUGAGGUGUAGACGGAGAGCGGGAGCGGUCCGUGGCGAUCCGGGCGCCAUCUCUUCGCCAGGAUGGAGAGCGACCAGAUCACCAGCAGCAGCGGCGCAUCCCGGCAGGCCGUGCCGCAGAUAUCGGUGUACAGCGGGCUCCCCGACCGGCAGACUGUGCAGGUGAUACAGCAAGCUCUCCACCGACAGCCCAACACUGCCGCCCAGUACCUGCAGCAGAUGUAUGCGGCGCAACAGCAGCACCUGAUGCUGCAGACUGCAGCCCUCCAACAGCAACACCUGAGCAGCGCGCAGCUGCAGAGCCUGGCAGCUGUGCAGCAGGCUAGUUUAGCUGCAACCAGGCAGGGCUCUUCACCGAAUGGGAGUGUAUCUCAGCAACCUGUCUCUUCUCAGAACACUAUUAACCUGGCCACGUCCCCUGCCGCGGCGCAGUUAAUCAGCCGGGCGCAGAGUGUGAACUCGGCUGGUGCCACAGGGAUUGCUCAACAGGCCGUUCUUCUGGGAAAUUCGACCAGCCCAGCGCUCACUGCCAGCCAGGCUCAGAUGUACCUUCGGGCGCAGAUGGCACAGCAAAGUAACCUUGUGCAAGUAGCUAGGACCCUAGGACGUGCUGUUCCUUUGUCCCCCCAGCUCAUCUUCACGCCCACUGCCACCGUCGCUGCCGUCCAACCAGAGGUCACAGUAUCUUCAGGCAACCAGCAGUCAUCCGUCUCACAGGUGCAGAAUUUAGCAAUCAGAAGCCAGCAGGGUGCAACAGCAGUGCAGCCUCAACUUCAGAGCGUAACUCUGAAAGCAAGCGCGUCAGCUCCGCAGUCCGCCGGUGGCCCGCUGGCAAAAGCGCCCGGCCCGGUGCCCAUCCUGGGCAGCAAAGGGGGCCAGUGCGAGGGCAUGGCCGAGAGUGGGAAGAAGAGCGAGCACGGCAUUGCUCCCAGCACGGACACCAGGGGUCUUGGCGUGACCCACAAUACUGCAACUGUCAGCACACACCCUCUGAUCACCACAGCCUACAGCCAGAUUCAGCCGCACCAGCUGAUCCAGCAGCAGCAGCAGAUCCAACUGCAGCAGCAGCAACAGCAGCAGAAACAUCUACAGCAUCAGUUCGUCAUUCAGCAGCAGCAGAUCCAGCAGCACAGGCAGCAGCCGCAGCUCAUCCACACCAGCGCCCAGCUGCAGGCGGUGCCCACCAGCUCGCUCCAGGCUCCUGUGCAGACCCUGGCGCAUGGGCAGCACUGCCAACCUGCACUGCACCCCAAGCCGCAGGUGUUGAGCUCGCCGGCUCCCUCUCAGAUCCCCGUGCUCCAGCCUGUGCCUCACGCCCAGCAGAACCCGCAGCCGGUGUUGCACAGCGGGCAGACGGACAGCCAUGCACUGGCGCCACAGACUGCAGCCGUAAACCUGCAGGUCCAGCCGUCUGCACACGUGAUCCAGCAGUGCCAGCGGAGCGUGCCGGACUGCAGGAGGGACAAGCUCGACCCCGCGGCUGAGAAGGGGCCCGCGGAGAGACCCAACGGACCCACGACCACGGCCUGCUCGGUAACACCCGAUCAAAAGAAGGUUGAGCCGGCAAAGCCCGUCGCACAAGGGAAGGGGCCGGAGGGUGUUAAUGCCAAGACUGCCUCCCCCGCUCCCACCAUGACGUCCGGAAAUGGCAACACCACCUCGUCCGUGACUGCAAGCGUUCCGCAGAACACCGAGAACAAACCUCCACAGGCCAUCGUCAAACCCCAGAUCCUCACCCAUGUCAUUGAAGGCUUUGUUAUCCAGGAAGGUGCUGAGCCAUUCCCUGUGGGCCGUUCCUCGCUACUUAUCGACCACCUGGCCAAACAAAAGCAGCAGCAGCAGUCGGCAGCUGUACAGCCAGCCGAGAAACUGCCACAGCUGGAUCAGCCCGACUCUGAGAUGGACGAUCUCAGUCAGCAAGAGUCGAAGGAAAAAGAGGAGGAUGCUCUGAAACUGAAGUGCGAGUUCUGCGGGAGGCUUGAUUACGCUCACAAGUUCAAGGGCUCAAAGAGGUUUUGUUCAAUGGCCUGCGCCAAGAGGUAUAAUGUUGGCUGCAGUAAGCGAGUGGGUUUGUUCAAACCCGACAAGAGCAAGUACCUGCAGAAGAAAGAAGGAGGCAAGUUGGGAAAGAGAGGCCCAAGGAAGAACAGCCUGCACAGCACCAACAGCGAGCAGCCCAAGAAACAGCUUAAGUCCCCGGCGACCGUGGGCAUGAGUCAGGAGGACUCCAGCAGAGGCUCGGACAACUCCAGCUACGAGGAGCCGCUAUCGCCCAUCUCGGCCAGCUCCUCCACGUCACGGAGGAGGCAGGGCGAGCGGGAGCUCGACAUCCACGAGCUGCGGAUGCGGGACCUGAUGGGGAUCGGCCACCACUUCCUGCCCAGCGACCCCACCAAGUGGAACGUGGAGGACGUGUGCGAAUUUAUUCGCUCGUUGCCAGGUUGCCAGGAGAUCGCCGAUGAGUUUCGGGCCCAGGAAAUUGAUGGGCAGGCCCUCCUGUUGCUUAAAGAAGACCACCUCAUGAGUGCCAUGAACAUUAAAUUAGGGCCAGCCCUGAAAAUAUAUGCCAGGAUCAGCAUGCUGAAGGACUCUUAACCAGAACCCUUGGGACAUUGGGGAACCUGGCUGGUUGAAGUGGCAGCUAUACUGAAAGCCAAGGUUUCUGAUCGCUGUGGACGUUUGGUCGCUCUUUGCAAAGAGAAUUGAGGUGUAGCACUGCAGAGUACAGUGAUCACACUAUCAAACAACUAUUGGCUUCGUGAGAAGCCUGCAAUCUGGGUACAAUGUUUCCCAAAUGAGGAAAAUACAUGGUGCUAUCCCAGUGGCAAAGAUAGAGAUGGGAACAUUGGUGGAGAAGUCAUCUCCACCAGAUGAGCCAAAUGCAUUGAGUGUUUAGAGGAUAAUUCUUCACAGAACACAGUAUAUUUGCCAGUGGUUAUGUAGCUGAAGAGAAUUGCUUUUUUUGGAUUUAGAUCUGUCCUAAGGUUGGUUUCUGUUUGGAUGCAUGUUUAGAGGUUAGGCUUUCUUUAGAUUGGUUUGAUAAUCAGAUCUAUUUUGUGAUCUUAUAAUGUGCCUGAAAUAACAAGAUGUUGCUGUAAAACUCUUUGUGACUGUUUCAUGCAGGGCGAUGCAGUUUCUAGAAUAUUUAGAUCAUCCACACGGUGCAAGUGGUUGACCAGCAUGUGUUCGUGCAGCAGAACACACAACCUGUGAACAUUUUAUGUCUUGCUGGAAUUUACAUUUGUUACGAGUUUAAUAAGGGCUGCCUCCCAGACUUCUGUGGUGGGGAACAUCCAGAUGGCAGAAUAGCUCAGACGUUUUUGAUUUAAAAGUGGAGGGGGUGGUUCUUCCACAUGUGCAGAAUGAGUUGGGAAGGGAGCAAAGGACAGAAUCAUUGCCCUGUUCAAUUUAUAAUCUGUCUGCUCACCCAAAGUUUGAGUGGAGGGCGGCAGAUUAUCUACAUUUGGAGAGGCAGAAAUCUAUUCAUCCCAACUGUUCACACGCAGGGACCCAGUGCAGCUCUGGAUGCUGCAUCAGGACCAAAAUCCUCACUGACUAGUUUAGAAAUACAGCACGGAAACAGGCCCUUUUGCCCACCAGGUCCGCGCCGACCAGCGAUCCCCGCACACUAUUACUAUCCUAUACACACACACACACA